GUUGUUCUGCUGUUUGCGGAUGUUUUAGCUUCAAAUUAAGAGCACCACAUUGGAUGGGUUUGUGACAUGAUGUAAAAGUUUACUAUGAAGACAAGUACAUUGGUUGGGUUUAUAACAUGAUGUAACGUUUACUAUGAAGACAAGCUGCGCCCAAGUUAAAGUCCGAUGUAUGGCUAGCCGAUGUAUUUCCUUGGGAGUUACCAGUACUCCAAGAGGUGCCUUCCAAGCAAAGCUAGCUUGGACCGGAUGUUAGCAUUUUGUUCUCAAAAGACGAGCCGAACAGCCAUUGCGGAUCUUUAAAAACGUUUUCCUGUAAUUACAACAUGACUUUAUAUCUCUCCAAUGAUUAGGAAGAAACUGAAAUGGUACAUUUCCAAGCGAUUUUCUAUCUGUGGAGGCGAGCUGUAACCGGAAGUGUGUCGUGUAGCUUCACAACAAGAGUCGUACAAUCUUCACAAGGCAUUGCUCAAAAUGGAAUAAUGUUCGUCGUCGAUAGUUUGUUUAAAAAGUGAUAAAAUGCGAUGUAGUAUAAUCGAUCCAGAAAUAGGCUAACGUCCUCCCUGUCAUCCGCUGGAGGCGGUCGGUAUGACGUCAUCGGGCAUCCAGAAGAAGAGGCGGCGGAGCUGCAGUCUCCCAACCACAACGAACCAGCAAGCUUUGGGACCUCCUUCAAACACACGUAGGAGGCGCUGGGGUGGUGGACAUGGCGGAAGGAUGCUGGGUGAUGACCAUGAGCCGGAGAUGCUGCCACGCCGGCCGAAGAUGCUUCCAGUGAGGCGAGAACCUCACCGCCAUCGUCACAAAUCAUCCAUUUGGUGUACACGGCUUCACCGUGGCGUCCGUGACGUCAUCAGGAGGACUUCUGCUUUGCUUUGACACACCUGUAGGCCUUCGACUACUUUAGAUCUUCGCUAUUUUUUUUUGGGCUUCUUCCACGACGCGUGGAUAUUUGACAUUCUCUACAUUGCAUUGAUAUUCUUAAGGAUGUAUUCUUUAUCCUGCGUGGAUGCCAUGUCGUGGACCAGCAGUUGGUGUGCGCGUGCGCGUGCAUAGUCCGCUCCGAGGAGGGCGUGGGGGGAACUGACAUCCAACCCAGCAGCUUUGGAACCAUGGCCAACGAACCUGUGGUCCUCAACGUGUAUGACAUGUACUGGAUCAACGACUACACAUCCAAUCUGGGAAUCGGCGUCUUCCACUCAGGCAUCCAGAUUUACGGCCGAGAAUUUGCAUACGGCGGCCAUCCUUACCCCUUCAGCGGCAUCUUUCACAUCAGCCCGGGAAACGCCGCCGAGCUGGGAGAGACCUUCAAAUUCAAGGAGGCCAUUGUUUUGGGCACCACUGACUUCACAGAGGAGGACGUGGACAAGAUCAUGCAGGAGCUCGGCAAGGACUUCAAGGGCGACGCCUACCACCUCAUGCACAAAAACUGCAACCACUUCUCCUCCGCGCUGUCUGAGCUGCUGUGCGGACGUGAGAUCCCUCGCUGGGUCAACAGGCUGGCCUACUUCAGCUCCUGCGUCCCCUUCCUGCAGAGCUGCCUGCCCAAGGAGUGGCUCACCCCGGCCGCCCUGCAGAGCCACAUCAACCUGGGCCUCCACAAGGACCGCCACCGCCAUUCCAGCGACGAAGACAGCCGUCCCUCCUCGCCGUCCGGCACCGCCUCGGGCUCCUCCCGCGGCUGUCGCCACACCCGGGUGUGAGCGAGCACGGACCCAUCCGGGCGGGGUGACGGCUGGACCACAGGACCGGCGUGCGCACGUGCUGGCUACCUUGUUCCCUCAAGAUGGAUGCACAUUUUUAGCAGCUCCUACCAGGGCUGGACCGUCCCCCCUCCAAAUGACAUCACUUUUUGAUUGUUAUUCGGGGAUUCGUUAUUUAGCUAUCACAUUUUGAAUUCAAUAUCACAUUUCAUUACUUUUUUUUUACAACAAAAACACUGAUUGACAAGCUUAAGAACUAUCUUGUUCUCUUUUUUUGCGUUUUUUGCAACAAUCUAACUUAUCGAUUUACAAGACAUACAAACUAAGUGCAUUAUCCCAUGUUUUAUUCCAAAUCUUGUUGUUGUUGUUGUUAUUGUUGUGAAUGUAUUUGUGUCCAAGCAGUGUUGCUCCACCACAUCCUGGAAUAUACUGGAAGAUACCAACGGCACACCGGGGGUGUCCAAAAUUUUAUCUAAAAUGGGAUAUCUAUAUGUCAAGAAACAAUUUUUUUUUCUUUCUCUUAAUAUUCAUUCAUUUUCUACCGCCUAUCCUCACGAGGGUCGCGGGGGUGCUGGAGCCUAUCCCAGCUGUCUUCAGGCAAACAACCAUUCACACUCACAUUCAUACCUAUGGACAAUUUGGAGUGACCAAUUAACCUAGCAUGUUUUUGGAAUGUGGGAGGAAACCCACACGCAUGCACGGGGAGAACAUGCAAACUCCACACAGAGAUGGCCGAGAAUGGGAUUGAACUCAGGUCUACUAGCUGUGAGGUCUAACCACUCGACCACCGUGCAGCCUCUUUUAAUGUUAUGACUUGAAAAAAUACAUACUUUUUGAUUGAAUAUUUUAACUUAAUGCUACAAAAAUUACAUAAUUUUCCCUCAUAAUAUUACAGUUUUGGAUUUUACAAAUCCAAAUGUUUUGUCUCGUUGGCAUACUACCUUUUUUUAUUAAUAUUUUGACUUUAUUCUCAUGAAAUGACAGGUGUCUUUUUCAUUUCUGCCGGGGUUUUCUUCUGUAUUUUUCAACGACUUCCAUUUUGUUUUGGUAAAUUGUCUUCUUGUGAUUUUGACUUUAUUUACAUAAUAUUUUGUUAUAUCCUGUAACUUUUUUGCAACCUCAUUUUCCA